AUGCAUGCAGAUACAGAGACAGAUGAAGUGUAUGCACAGAUGACCUUGCAACCUCUAAAUCCUGAUGAGCAAAAAGAGGCAUAUCAUCCUGCAGAGUUGGGAACUGCAAAUAAACAGCCAACAAACUAUUUCUGCAAAAUUUUGACUGCCAGUGAUACAAGCACUCAUGGGGGUUUCUCUGUUCCUCGCCGCGCAGCUGAAAAAGUUUUCCCUCCAUUGGACUUUUCCCAACAGCCUCCUGCUCAAGAGUUAAUUGCCAGGGAUUUGCAUGGUAAUGACUGGAAAUUCAAACAUAUCUUCCGCGGCCAGCCCAAAAGGCAUUUGCUUACAACUGGGUGGAGUGUCUUUGUGAGUGCUAAAAGACUUGUUGCUGGUGAUUCAGUGCUGUUUAUAUGGAAUGAAAAAAACCAGUUGCUUCUAGGCAUUCGGUGUGCCAAUCGCCCACAACAUAUGAUGCCUUCAUCAGUGUUGUCAAGUGACAGCAUGCACUUGGGGCUGCUUGCUGCUGCAGCUCACGCCGCUGCAACGAACAGUCGUUUCACCAUUUUCUAUAACCCACGGUAUAAUUCAUAUCAUAUAUUUCUUGAUGAUUACUUCAAUGCAAGAAUUUCUGACUUUGGACUAGCCAAGUUGAUGAACAUGAAUCAAAGCAAAACCAACACUGGCAUUAGGGGAACAAAAGGGUAUGUUGCACUUGAAUGGUUUAAGAACAUGCCUAUCACAGCUCAAGUGGAUGUGUAUAGUUAUGGAGUAGUGCUACUUGAGAUUAUUUCAUGUAGAAGAUGUGUUCAAGAAAUGGAACAAGAAGAUGAAGAGAAAGCAAUAUUAACUGACUGGGCUUAUGAUUGCUACAAGGAUGGUGCUGUAGAUGCAUUGGUUGAGGGUGACAAUGAGGCAUUGGAUGACAAAGAAAAGUUGGAGAAAUUGGUAAUGAUUGCAAUUUGGUGUGUUCAAGAGGAUCCAGUUCUUAGACCAAGCAUGAGAAAUGUGAUACAUAUGCUUGAAGGUUAUAGUUACUUAGGCGUUAAGGUUAGAUGGAAAAACUUCUUUUACUACAUUUUCAACGUGUAUUUCCCUUGUGUGUUUUCCUUGAAACGUGCUUUGUGGAAUAAUUUGUUGGAGCUUAAAGCAAGACAUACUAACAGAGAGUGGUGUUUUGGUGGGGAUUUUAAUGAUGUUAAGAGUCUUAGGGAGAGAAAAGGAAGGUUGCAACAUUGUAAUAAUUUAGAGAUGAAGGAGUUUGGUGAGUUCAUUGAGGAUAGUUCCUUUGUUGAUAUUCAUUGCAAAGGUAAAAAGUUCAGUUGGUUUAGCAGCGACGGGAAGGCGAUGAGUAGGAUUGGUCGUUUCUUGGUUUCAGACGAAAUUAUUAGUAUAUUGGGGGUGGUCGGUCAACUUAUUGGGUUGAGAGAUAUUUCAUAUCAUUGUCCGAUAUGGUUGGUGGUGGAUAAAUCGGAUUGGGGACCUAAACCAUUCAAAUUUAACAAUUAG